ACCCGUCAACCGGAAGUACUUAUUUCAUCUUGCCAGUUUAAGAGCGGUGAAAAUCAAAACAACGCCUUUGAAACGCUUUUAUUUGAUAGCGUUUACAGAUAGAGUUCUCAAAUAUCAGCUGCUAUUUUCUAGAUGGCGUUGGAAACUUGUCCUAAGGACCUCCGCCAUUUGCGGGCAUGUCUUCUGUGCUCUCUUGUGAAGACUAUUGACCAGUUUGAAUAUGAUGGCUGUGACAACUGUGAGUCGUACCUUCAGAUGAAGGGGAAUCGAGAGAUGGUCUAUGAGUGUACAAGUUCCUCGUUUGAUGGGGUCAUAGCUCAGAUGAGCCCUGAGGACAGCUGGGUGGCUAAGUGGCAAAGAAUAAGUAACUUCAAGCCUGGUGUCUAUGCUGUGACGGUGACAGGGCGGUUACCUCCAGGGGUGGUGCGAGAGCUGAAGAGCAGAGGAGUGAUCUACAAAUCCAGAGACACCGCUGUCAAGACAUAAGCCUGAUCAUUACCUCUCUCUACACGGGGACAGGCGGUCAUCUUCAGCACAGCUUCACGGUGCAACAACACAUCCAUAAACACAGUCUGUGGAGACUGAUGUCGUUAAUGUUCUGUUUGCCAAACACAAGUGCAAAGUCUGAUUUUCAUUAUGUGUAACAUCUCAUAGACCUGUCUUGUUUAAUUUGGGUAAUGUGUCGAUUUUUGUUUUCAAUGGGAUGGGUUCACUCUGCUAGAAUAGACAUUCUCAUAUUAUGCUAUAAUUAAAACUUUGAAAAAAUUUGUAUUUACAAACCCGGAGUGUAUUUAUCAUAAUAAACUCUAAAGUUGUUUUUAUAAAAAAUGUAA